GUGGUAGAAAGAAGGAGUCACCAGAGUCACCUAUUACUAAAAUCCCGCAUCCAGCACAAACCACUUUGUCAGUACCAUCAGCGCUCUAAAAGGAGAGGAAAGGAACCGAAAAAAUGUUCUGGAGACUUUUUCAUGUGACAUUAUUCCUUGUCUUCGCAGGAACGACAUACGCGCAAGCUGAUUGUUCCACAAUACUGAUGUGUGACCUGUGCAAUAGCACCAUUGACUGCACCUGGGUGAAUUGCGAAGAUUCAGUUGCCAAGUGUGUGAACGAGACGGCCAACACCACCAGCUGCGUCAAUGCUACUUGUGCAGCUGCAACAGCGGGGCCGACCACCGUCCCCCUCCCUCCCACUGCUGAGCCCACUACCGCCAACGUCACCAACUCUACUGUCCCUGAGCCCACCUCAGAAUCUGUGAACACGACAACACCACGUCCUCCUGCCCCCACCACCCACGACUCCAACUCCACAGUCCCCAGCUCUCCAGCCUCCAACGUUACCGUGACGACUGUGGCUCCGUCCCCCUCCAAGUCGUCGACGUUUGACGCGGCCAGCUUCAUCGGGGGCAUCGUGCUGGUGGUGGGCCUGCAGGCGGUCAUCUUCUUCCUCUACAAGUUCUGCAAGUCCAAGGACCGCAACUACCACACCUUGUAACACACACACACACACAUAAAGAGACGCACACAAGCGCGUUCGCACUCCCCAGCCGCGUAGAGGCAUCACACUGGACACACACACUCCUGGCCCCUCAUUUUCACAAGUCACGAAGACACACACACACACUCACACACAUAUAGAUUACAAAUCCUGUCUACAUAGGCCUACCUUGGAUGAAAGGCAUGUGCACACUGACACAUGCAACAUCACCCUCCCAAAUAAUGACCUCCUAAUGAGGCCAUAUUAUCCGAGACUCCUUCAUGGUCUUGAGCAAAUAAAGACUUGUGCAUGAAUCUAGAAUAUUUACACAUACACACACACAUGAAACCACAUUUUCCAAGACAAAUACACACAAAUGCCUUCAUUUUGAACACUUAAAUAACCCUGAAAGCAAUUAUAUCUCAUCAGCGUUCGAUUACAGACCCGAGUUUGUAUUGAGGGUGUGUGUGUGCGUGUGCGUGUGUGUGUUUGUGUGUAUAGUCCCUGACCUCCAGAGGCCAGUCUGUUUGGCAGAGCAGAGGCCAAAUCAGCCGCGGGAGCUGCAAGUGCUUUUUAUUUUUUCGCCUCCAACCACCCUCACCCCCACGCCCACCACCCCCUGCCUUUGGACGUUUUUUGGCACGUCUACCAUGUCCACUGACAGCCAACUGAAAUAGCCAUGCUGUAAAAUGCCCCGCUCACAUUUACGACCUAGCCACCCCCCUCCGACCCCACCGCUCCACUCUGUUCGUUGCCAUAAAAUAGUGGGGGUGGCGGUCCCAAGUGCGGCCUCGUUUUUGAACUGUCUUUAACCAUGGUCAAUUAGUUGGUAGCACGAUAGUGUUGACGCCAUUAGGCCAUGCUUCCUAUGCUGCUAAUUAGUAAUUGAUGAAACAUGGUGUGUGUGUGUGUGUGUGUGUGUGUGUGUGUCUGCCUGAUGAGGUUCUCAUAUCUCAACGGUCCUCUUUCAAAGCAGAUGACGUGUGUCUGCAUCUUUCACAUCAUGAAAGCAGGAUUUGAAUAUUUGAAAUCAUAAACUGCUGAAUGAUCAUGUGACACACACACUUGCAUCUAUCCAUUACUAUUUAGCGGCAAGCAGGCGAAUCAUAGUGUGAGUUUCCCAAGAAGCUUAUUGGUUGGUUUGUCAACAGCAUUUGCUUGUGCGCACUGCCCAGCUUGAAUCCGCUAUGCUAAUGUGUGAGGUCAGCUAUUGAGUUAUGCAAUAGAAUCUGUGCUAGCCACUGCGAGAACAGGUAAAGACCUCUGUUGGCAGUUGGGCUCAGUAACUCGUGCUUGCAAGAAAAUGGUGAUUUAUCGGAUAUCACAUCACCAUAAUGAGAGAUGUGUUUUCAGAUAUGGUGGUGUUAAGUUUGUUAGAUUUACCUAUAUAUGUGCGUGUGUGUGUGUCCGUGUCCAAUGCAGUCGUGGGAUAAAACGUGUGUCUUUUGGGACGCCAAAAGAGGAAGCCAUGGCAGACGAAGUGCCUUCAGUGUUGACUCAAUCAGGAGGCGUCUGAGAUGAAGAGGGGGACUGUAGUCUUCCUCCUCGCUCAAGAGCUUUGAAUGUGUUAUGAGUGUGACUGCGGAAUCCUGACGUGUGCGUGCGUGUGUGGCCGUGAUUUGAUGUUAAAGAAAAUGGAUGCUCCAGCUGGACUGAUUGCUUAAUAACUAUAAGUCAUAGUCAGUGAAAAUUUGAUGUUGAUGCUUAAUUGAUUAACUUGUGUGUCGGAGAGGAAUCGUAUUUGUAUUUCUGCUUUGAAAGACACUUGUGUGUUUUACAGGCCUUUGAGCUUUUUGACUGCUGUCAUGGAUUGAGCAUGCUUCUAAGUGGGAGUUUUGGCAGUGUAGAGACCCCUAUGUUGAGACCCUUAUGCCCCUCACAGUCUUUAUGUUGACGCAUUUUUUUGUCUUGUUUUAAAUGAAGAGAACAGGAGGGAUGUGCUGGGUCGUCGUGUCGGUCAUGCUCUGACCACUGGCCAUCAUGGUCAUGAGAGGUCAAGAGAGGUCAAGAGACACACCCCAGGACUGUUUGCUCUUCUGCACAAUUCUGUAAAUGAUCCAAACUCAAAAGUGACAGAAUUUCAGGAAGACAUUUAGUGUAGAGCUAACCAUUAUCCCCCCCCCCCCCCCCCCCAAAAAAAAAAAAAACAAUUAUAUAUUAUUAAAAUUAAAAUUAGCGUGGAUUUGGCUAGCUCUGAGGAUAUUUUUGGAAAUAUGUUGCGUGAAGAAAACACACACACACACACACACACACACACAGACCCAAACAUAUACACAAUGACAUGCUCACACACAUCCAAACAUCCCCUUUGCAACACAACCUACCAGACCCCUGUUUAACUCAUACCACCACAAAAACCUCCCAUCACAAGGCCAUUUUGUUCUCUGGGUGGUGGAGUGAUCCCCAUGCUGACAGUGUUCCAGUUUGAAGGAUGGUUCUAGAACUUCACUGAGAUUCUGCUGGGUAAAUAUACGGGGGCCACCCUACAGUAUGUGUUGAUCUUCCUUGAUGCGUAAGCCCAGUCUGAACGAUCCACGUGCUUGCUACAGUCUUUCUUCCAGAAAUCAUCGCUUUUAAUUUUCUUUUGCUUUCUUGAUAGUUUGGCAGCAGAAGAGUAGGCACAUUUCUAGCAUUGUGGUCACAUUUGUAAAGAGAUGUUCUUUUCUUUAUUGUGUGUGUGUGGGGGGGGGGUUGUUUUUGUUGUGCUUUUGUUUAUUUGGAUAGCUGUAAUUGAAUAAUUUCCUUAGGGGGGCUUAGACUUGCACGAAGGAAGCUUGAAUACGCAAUACACAUUUAAAAGGUCAAAAACAGACAAAAAAAUAAAUAAAUUUAAAAAUUUAAAAAAAAAAAAAAAAAAAACGCGAAUGCUGCAGAAUCCUUAAACCACUCCGUUGUUUUAACGCUCACUCAGUCAGGUCCACCCCAAUACUGGGAGAGGGACCUGUUUCAUCCCAAACACCUUCACCCACACACCUCACCUCCCACCUGCUUGCCUCUUAGCCUAAUAUUCCUGCAUCGCCUCGUAGCUUAGCACCACAUCCCAUUCCACAACUGCGUUGCAUAUAUUGCCUUGUACGAAUCCAAUGAGGAAUGCAUGGUGUAUAUUCGCCUGGCUGUCGGUUUUUAGUUGAAGUAGAUCUUUGUUUUGUUUGUUUAGUUGGGUUUGUUUUUGUCUUGUUUGUUUGUUUGUUUUAAUACAAUAAAGCCUACAUUUGAAAGGGGCCUUUAUUUAAUAUUGCGUAGUUGCCAAAACAGUGCUAGGUUUUUUCCAAAGAUUCAGUAGGAGGCGAGGCGAGUCUGAAGGAUGAAUAGAGUUGCGGGUAAAACCACGUCUUGUGUCCCCAGUUCUCAGUGUUCUUUAGGGAGGAGAAAAUAACCCCCCAUGUCUGCUCUCUGGGCCCUCUCAUUGGCUAAUUGGUGCCUCCCUGUGUCAGGGGACACAAUCAUUCCCAAACAGAAAAUCUCAAAGUUCUACUGUAACUUUAGCCUAAAACAAGUAGACUAGAAAGGCAGCAGAUUUUUUUCUUUUUCUUUUCUUUUUUUUGUCCUGAGAGCCUUUUAAAAGCAUGCCAAUCCAGUUCUCGAAAAAAGUGCCUUAACUGAUUUCUGUUUGGAGUGUUGGGCUCUACUAGGCCUGUCUGAGUGCUAGUAAGCCAUAAAGAGAACGGGGCCUGCUUUGCCUGGCUCUAGCGGGAUGUUGAAUGAACCGGUUGUGCUUUGCUUUGCCUAAAGGCAAGCAAUCGGGAUCAGGAAGUGGCCUUGACAGCCCUCUUUGCACCUCUGCCUCAGUGCAGUCACGUGGCAGCCAUGUUGAAGUCAGAGAUGAGAUCAGAAGUGUGUCGAUGUAGAGGAUGCAGGUGGCAGCCAUCUUGAUGAACUUGAGGUCCACCAUCUUAUGGAGGUCACUAAAAAUCAUUGAUUUUAAAUCAGAAGUGUGUUUCACUUUGUCGCUUGCCUCUUUCUAUCUUUUUUUUUUUGUUUUGCCUACAAAUGAAUAUCGUCACCUUUCUUGCCUUGAUUGAUUUAGCAGUCAAAGAUCAGUGGUGAAAUAUUCCACAACUAAGCGUUCAUGUGCACAGCUUUUCACGCACACACAGACACUUGUUCAUACACACUCCCACACAUUCAUGUGAUUGUGUGGAGAUGAAGUUACAUUGCCAUGAUGCUGCCUUAAGAUUGUGCCACACUGGUGUAAUGUGUGUGUGUUGUUUUCUUCCCCCUCUCUGAAGUUCUGUUUUGCCUUUUGGUUUAUUUUUGUUUGUCUAGUUUCGCGAUUAGAUUGGAAAUGUUCGAAUCAAUGAAAUAAAUGUUGUGAGAACGGUU